AGCAGUAACUGUAGGGACGAAACUGAACACCGGUCCUGAGUGGUGGCGGCAUUCAUUACGGGACACAGUUAUACCCAUCCUCUCUCUGCAAGCGUCAGUGCUCAUGAAUUCCCACAGCACCUGCUGGCAACCAUAGUACCUUUUCUCCCUCGUCUCGUGUCAGGUGCAGAGAACAGCUCGCCAUUCGGACGGGACCAUGUGGAGACUUGUAGGUGACGGACAGGUGUCACAUUGAGCAGGAGUUGGAACUUGGGGGAGAGAAAACCGCCAUGCAGCAGCCACUCGACCUCCAACAGAUCCGGCAUCAGCAGCGCCGCGUAUCGGCUCUCUUGGCAACUGCACGUCACGAACAUGCACCGCCACUGGUAAGAAAGCGAUGCAGUAAACGGCGUGCUGUUAAAAGAAUUUAUGAAAGUGAAACAAGACCGACGAAGGCGCCCACGGGACUGGCAUUGGCUAUCGAAGACCAGUACCCGGAUGUUGGGGACAUAGCUGAAACGUCAGUACGAAAUAGAUACACACAGAAGAAUUACAAGAAGUAUCUCGACAAGCUAAACCUUGCGCAGCUGCGCCACUCUUACGACGAGAGCGUGGUCCAGUCUAUCCGGCAGGGGAAGAUGGAGGUGGCCACUCUACAGAACCAGCUCGUCUCUCGCUCGCUCGGCUCCAUGGAAAAGGAGGUUCAGCUCGUCGCCAACCGCAGAGCCUCGAUAGUGAAGAGUCAACUGAGUCUCAGUAGUAGUAGCAUGUCUACGGGGCGCGCUCCUACCAUUAGUGAAAGAACUAUCUAUAUCCCCAGCGGACAAGACGAGGAAGAUCCCACCGAGUACGACACUCCUCUAGUGCGGUAUCAACACGGCGACAUCGGCGCAGGGAAAAACCUGAACGUCAAACUGACGGACGAGGAGUUCGAGGAGUGGAAGAGGAAGCACGGAGGGCUGGACUCGUUUGACAACACCCCGGUGGCUACUCCCGGGGAGAGGAGAGGCUGGGGGCAGGGGGCACAGAGGGACUCUGACAGCCGGAGGGGGAGGGGGCUGGGGAGCAGGGGGGCCGGUUCUCGUGGUAGAGCACGGGGGCUAGGCGGCAUAGACGAGACGGCAGACUUGGCUGAGAGGGAAGCAGAAAGGGAGCGUGCAGAACUGGACGAACUUCAGAAGAACAUGCUUCUCUACAAUCGGCACGGGAUGACCGACUCCGCCAUGCAGCAAUACAAACUGAAGGAGUUACAGAGACAGCGUCAAGCGGCUAGGGCGAAACUCGGAAACGGUCAGGGACCACCGGGCUCCGGUUUCACGGGCAGCAACGCAGCGGACGCCGAAGACGAAUGGGAGAGAGAGGAAAGAAGGCGAAGAGAAGAGGAAAGAGAGUAUGCUAAGUACGCCACCAGGCAUUCUAAGAUGGAACUGCACCGUCAGGCCUACAUCAAGGCCCUGUCGAACGCGCGCAUGAGAAAAUUGCCAAGGGAGCCGUGGGAGCUAGCAACGAAAACUACGCGUGCUUACACGUUUUCUUACAUCAACCACAGACCUGCGUGCCGAUGUGAAAAAUGUCUUCAACGGAAACCGCGUGAGAAAAAGGAGAAGGGAAUUCCAGGGAUGAAACUUAUCUUUGGCGAGAUCAAUAUGUAUGAUUUUUAUCCGAGAAAGAAAAGGAAGAACGCACCGAAGUCACCUCCUCCCUGGGUCCGCGAGAGGGCGCUGCAGCACAGUCUCUCCUUGAUGGGCAUUCGGCGGGAACUGGACAGAAAGAAACAAGAAGACGAGGUGGACAAGGAACUACAGCGCCUUGGGAUGGGAAUCAGGAACGAACAAGUGAUCGGCAGGGCGUCAAAGGUACAAGAAGUUAAAGACAGCGCCCUUCAUGGCGGACUCGUGACCAAAUCUUUCAUGGCUACACAACCGGCAAGAACAGUCCAGAAAACAGACAUUACCCCCUCCCAAACUAGUCAGUCUAAACUGCUGAGUUACAACACUCCCGUUAGUCGGACGAACAGCAUUUCGAAUUCUUUAAACGUGAAGAGGCCGCCGUUACCGGAACUAACAAAAGGGCGGUACGUUUCCCUCUCUACAGAAGCUAAUGAUUUAGAAACAUAGGAACCACACACUGGUCACGAGGACAGGACAACAAACUUUCCUAACGCCACCUAUGCCUUUCCAGGUGUCUUAAAGGUAUCCAAUGCAAUUUCAGGGAGGCAAAACAAAACAAAACAUUCUGGAUGGGGAAAUCUGUCUAGUAUUGACAUUUACUGCCAUUCCUUAGCACAUUUUCUUAAUCAUUUCAAGCUACUUGAGGCAUCUCUUUAUCAUGAAACCACCCAUAAAUAUUUUUUUUAAUUUAUCUAAUCUUCAGACACCUGGGUGACCUAGUUCAAUUUUGACAAAUUGAUUUUCCCAGUACAACGAUACAAUAAAGUCAAAGAUACAAACAAAGACCGAUAUAACAAAUCAGAAUCGUUAUCCAUAACUCGUGUCGAUUUAAACAGUCCAGGUCGGCUUUCAAUUUGGAGGUCAGAGGUCAAUUUACAUACUGAUUAGGUAAUUAAGUUCUUCAGAGCAGUCUUGAAAGAUUUCAAGGUAUAGAUAGAUAAAUAGCCUAAACUACGAUACAAAACAAGCAACCGUUUUCCGUCAGCGACACCAUAUUUUUAACCUCACAGAUAUCAGUAUG